GCGAUUGGCCGAGAGCUCGGGCGCCAGACGGAAAGAGGUAGCCCCUUAUCCGUUGUAGGGAAUGCGAAGCUGCUGUGGACAGCGCAGUGGUAAAGUAAAAUCCUUUAAAGCGUCGUAAAAUAGACACGGAUCGGCUCGGUAAACUGUAAGAAAAUAACGCACUCUCCUCAUUUAUUUGGUAUUAAAAGAAGGUGGCGUAGGACCAGAGUGAUGGACAGCCCGCGGAUUCUGGGCAUUGGAGUGGGCCUCUUUGUGCUGGUGUUUCUGUGGGUGCUGUCCCUGCUGCUGUGUGUGCUGAUGUCCCGUGCUUCACGGCCAUUGAGGUUUGUAUCGGUGGGUGUUUUUCUCUUGGUCGUCAUCAUCACCCUCGUCCUGGUCUUCUUUCCCAAGCAGACGCCCUCCAUGCCUGUCGUGAAAGAGCCUGUGAUUACAGACGAGUUCUUCAUCGGGCGCUACGUGCUGCUGACAUUCUCCCUGCUGGCACUGCUGGUGGCCAUAGCCUUGGCCAUAGUGUUCCAUGUGCUGGAGCCUGUAUGUGGACAGCCGCUCAAGUCACACUGAUGUGGCAACAACCACAGCAGUGGCUUCCUGUGAUGGCCUUUUUUUCAUGGGAAAUUUGUGUUCUUUCAAUCUUGAGUUUUAUACAAAUGUAAAUAAAAUUUAUUGUAUUUUA